AUGCCUUCGCCCUCUGUCCAGCUCGCCACGGAUCCUCAGUGGGCGGCGGAGAGUAACCUCGUCCGAAUCCUCGCUGUGACCGGUGUCUUCCACUUUUUCGCACUGACUAGCGUUGGCCUCCGCCUUUAUGUUCGUAUCGGCUUACUGCGGUCACCCGGAAGAGACGAUGUGGCAAUGGUGUUAGCUGUUCUGGCUGCUUUGAGUGGAUACAUCUGUUUUAUUCUCCAAGGCUACCAUGGCCUCGGACGACAUACUAAGACGGUAUCGAAAGAAGACAAAGUGAUUUUCAACCAUAUUGGAUUUUACCAAAGCCUACUCUCAGCCAUUGGUGCUCUCGGACUGCUCAAGAUAUCUAUUGCUCUCUUCUUACUGAGAUUGAGAAACAACAAUCUCUGGAAGUGGUAUGCACGUUCUUUAUGGGCUUUAAUCGGCUUCGUCGUCGUGUACGCAAUCGGUGCAUGGCUCUCAUUCCUUCUGCAUUGCACUCCCAUGGAGGCCGAUUGGACCGGUGAAGGUACCUGCUACAGUCGUGAAAUCUUCGUUCCGGUCGCGCUCACAAAUACUGCUGUGAACAUAUUUACAGAUGUUUGUUUCGCCACUCUACCAAUCCCCAUCAUAUGGGGUCUGCAAAUGUCGCGGGGUACCCGAGUCAAAUUGAUCGGUGUACUUAGUCUUGGUUACAUUGCUGUCGCCUUGGGCAUAGUCAAAGCAAGCUAUCAGGUUAAAAGCGACCCUGACAAGAUGUUCAAUAAACAUCUCAAUGUCUUUGGCUUUCUCCAGCUCAAUGUCGGCAUCAUCGCGGCUUCUAUACCAACGUUGAAGCCCUUGACAAGGAAACGAACCGUCGAUCCCGAACGCAGAGCAUACGACGACAUCGAACAGCACGUAGAAACUAUCGGCAGCGGCCGAAAGUACAAGCCACAACUUAGUUUUCUGACGAGAGCAACAGUCACGGAUGAGAGUAUUGAAAUGGGGAAACGAAAAAGUAUUCGCGAGAAGCUUUCCAUGCCAGGAAUGGAUCGAAAGGACACUGUCUACAGUCAGAACGGGCAUAGAGUAGGAAGUCAAGAUCGUAUUCUUGAGGGUGAUGGCGAGUAUCCGAAGCGCAUCAAACGUACCACGGAGGUGGUCGUGGAAAGCGUUGACAACGAUAGCAAGACAUGA